UGAGAAAUGUUGGAAAUUAAAUGAUAUGAAAAGCUGUAAAUGGCCAGAAUAUCAAAUAAUCACUAGAGAAGAAGUGUAGAGGAAUAGAGAAAGGCGUCGAGAAAUUUUAUUCUAUUUGCCGGUCGAAAUAAACAUUCAAAAUUAAACGCAACAAUAGACCCUCCAGCCGGCAUCCAUUCAUGAAGAACAUGGAUAAAAAUGCGGGUGAGGGAAAUGGAGGAGCACAAAACGAUAGUAAGGCGAACAGCGGUGGUGGUGGAAAAAACUCCAGUUCGAACGCAGGAGCUGGAGGCGGAGUACACGAUCCUUCAUCGCUGUUAGAUGCAGCCUCAUUAUUUGCUUAUUGGGGCCGGGAUCCGACAGCCGCAGCGGCUGCCGCUGCUAAUCCUUUAUUUAAUGCACAGUUUAAUGCUGCAGCCGCAGCAGGAUUAGGUCUAUUACCGAAUCCUGGGGCAGCGGCAGCCGCUAAUGAUCGGUAUUCCAUGGCCGCUGCAGCUGCAGCGGCUGCCGCCGGUCAUCACCAUCAAAACACUAUGGCAGUGGCAGCAUCGCAGGCAGCUAGCUUAGCAGGUCUGCAUCCAGCAAGUGAGUUAAUGAGUUGGUGGUCAAUGGCUCAACUGGCAGCUCAAGAUUAUUUUACACGACUGCAGGCCUCCGGAUUGUCACCAUUUCCUCAUCCGGAUUUGGCAGCUGCAUUUGGUCCGGCUGCUUUGGGUUUAGGGGCUGGUGGUACGGGGGCUGCUUCGGCUGGUGGUAAUAGCAGUGUUGGCGGGAGCAGCGGCAGUUCCCAAAAUUCAGGAUCGAGUGGAGCUUCGGGUUCUGGCGGUGGUAGCAACAGUUCUUCGAGCAGUAAAUCCAGUAGCAAAUCGCGCAAAGAAAAACAACGCCAACAGCAACAACAACAACAACAAUUGCAGCAACAGCAACAGCAGCAGCAAUCAUUAGCUAAUAGCUUAAAUGCGGCGGCAGCAGCAGCUGCUGCAGCCGCGGCUGCGAACCCAGCGGCAGCAUUAGCUGGUAUGCACAGUCUGGUGGGUACGGGUACGACUAUAACACCAUCCGCGGGUCUGGGUAGCUCACAAGGCAGUGGAAAUAGUAGCGGCGGUGGUUCCAGCAACUCGACUAAUUCGUAUAAGAGUAAUAACUCCAGCUAUGGUAAAUCUAACUCCAUAUCAGUUCAAUUGCCACCGGCUCCUGGUUCGGCCUACGAUCCGGUGGUGUUGCACAAAGAAUUGAUUGCGGCAGCGGCUGCCGCCAAUAAUUCAUCUGGAACAAAAAAAUCUUCAACGUCCUCAUCAUCACAUCAAUCUCAAAUGAAUCAGUCCAAAAGUACUUCAGGUGCCAGUAGUGUAACUACACACCAUAGUGCUGGUGGCGGUAGCAUGUCAUCCAAUAAUAAUACUUCACAUGCUGUAGCUGCCUUAAUGUCUCCUCACGGAUCUUUAGGUAUUAGUUCCAGCGCGGGAAGUUCAUCAUCAUCCGUUAAUUCUUCAUCAUCAUUGUCAGCCAAAGAAAGAGAUAAAAACAAUGCUUCUUUGAAUGCCUUGAAUUCUUUAUCACAAUUUGGAGCUUUGGGUAUGACACCGCAGCAAAGCAUGCAGGCGGCCAUGAAUGCAUUUGCAGUCAGUACGUCGGUAGCUAAUAGCAGUAACUCAAACACUAAUUCGGCUUCUGGAACUAAUAAAUCUUCUUCUAAAGAUUUUAUGCCAUCAGGAGGACUGAGCGAUCAUCCUUCGUUAUUGGGAGUACGUUUGCCUCCGGAUACGGAGAUCAUCAAGUAUACCUCAUCCAUCGUGGGCCCCAAAAUACCCGGUACUACUACACGUGGUCGUAAAAAGACCAUUUCAGAUGAACAACAACAACUACUACAACAAAAACAAGAACUAGACUCAACAACAAAUGCUCUUUCCUCUUUGCUUGCAUUUCCAGGUCUGAGCCCCGCCAAACGGGCUAGACUCGAAAUGGAGUAUGCGGCCAUAGCGGCAGCAGCCAAUGCUGCUCAGCAAGGGGCUGGCGUAGGUGCAGCAGGUCUACCCACUAAUUUGACGGCUUCGCAAGUAGCCGCCUUAACAAGUACUUUAAGUGGGGCAGGCGGUGGUAUCUCUUCAACGUCUGUCAGUUCACAGCAAAAUCCUCCGCAAAUUGAUUUAACAACUACAUCAUCUAGCGGUGGAGGACGCAGUAGCCGCGAUUCGUCUUCAGAUCGAGUAGAAGUUAUUAAGUUGCCGCCCACCAUCACUUCGAAUGGAGCUUAUAAUUUAUCCAACAAAAAUAAAGAUGUACACGAUUUAACUGGUGGAACGGAUAUAAAUGCGGGUGUAAAUCUUAGCUUAAAGCCGGCCGCUACUAUUGCUGUAGGCAACAUCACUUUAAACAGUGCAAAUGCGGCAGCGCCUAUAACAAUAGAAGAUUUUGAUACGCCUUUAAACUUGUCCAUGAAACCUGAUAAAUCAUCUACGUCUAGUAAUAGCAAUGAUUUAUCCGGCAACAAUGCUAACGCGCAUAGUGCGUCUAGUUCAAACAGCUUGCAAAGUUUAAGUUCGAUAACUGCAGCUUUGGGUAACAAUGGUUCCGGAAGCGUAAGUGGUGGAAACGGGGGCAGCUCAACCGUUUGUAAUGUAUCAUCCAAUAAUGGGAAUGACCGUAACAAUCAACCGCCUUUCAAAGAGGGAAGGCCACGCAAUCUAGGUCGGGGAGUGUCCAAGCCGAAAAAGAAUACAGUAGCUUCCCUGCUAGCGCAAUCACGAGCAGUUGGUAUCAAGCCUAUGCUGGCUACACAGCAAUUAUUGCAGCAAGGAGCAGAUAUUGAGAAAAUACGUCAAGCUUUGAACGAGGCCAACGCCCAAAUGGAUGUUUCUACUGAUUCGGAAAGUGUGGCCGCGGAAAGUGGCAUGUCUGAAUCAGAAAGUGAAGAGGUUAACCUUUUAAAUGUUACCGAAUUACGGGUACCUCUAGAUUUAGGAUGGAAACGAGAGACUGUAAUACGUGGCUUAACCAAAGCCGGCCAAAUACGUGGCGAAGUGAUAUAUUAUUCUCCAGGCAGUCUUGUGCCACUAAAAACUAUUGGACAAGUUUUCUCUUAUUUGGAAAAAAAUCCAUCGAAAUUGACGCGUGAAAACUUUAGUUUUUCGGCUCGUGCUAUAGUCGGUUCAUUUCUGCAACCUGCCCCUCCGCCAUACGCUAACGAUGGUGACUUCUUGCGUAUGAGUGAUGAAGAUGUGGCUAAACGUCUCGAAGACUUGAAGAUGUUUACUCGUCAGACGCUGAAUGUAGAGCAACGCAUUGAAAUUGCCAAACAACAGCAAGCUCUACGCGAUGCCAAAAAGCAGCAGAAAGAGGAAAUGGCUCGCAAUAAGGAGAAAGCUCGGCAAGAGAAAAGCGAGAAAUUAGAGCAGCAACGUAAAGAGAAAGAACUGAAAAAUCAACAAGCAAUUGAGGCACGGAAGAAACGACAAGAGGAAUUGGAACGUAUUAAACAAGAGGAAAUACUUAAGAAGCAACAGGAAAAGGAAAAGAAACGCCAAGAAGCUAUUUUAGCUAAAGAACAGGAAUUAAAUCGUCAGAAGGAAUUACUUUUGCAAGCAGAAAUGGAACGUGAACGACGUCGUCAACAUAUGACAUUAAUUAGGCAAUUGGACUUCAGACGUAAAUUUGAAGAGCGUGAGAAAAAGAAACAUCAGAUGGUUUUGGAUCGUUUGAUAAUGCGUGAGAAACGUUUGGCAGCACGUAAACGGGAUGCUGAGAUAUUAGCCCAGAUAAGAAAACCCCAAGAGGAUUCUGAACUAUGGCAGAAUGCACAAAUACCCGAUCUAGAGCGUAUUGGCGGUAAUCGAUUGCCAGGCCAAGCUAUGGCCGAUUUGUUAAUGGUCUUUGAAUUUUUACAUAAUUUCGGUGAAACAUUAGGCUUUGAUAUGGAAUCUUUACCAACGCUACAAAAUCUCCAUGAUGCCUUGGUUAGCGAUAGCAAUGUCGAAGCCGAGGAAGAAUUGUUAUCUGUGAUGACUCAUUUGUUGGUCUGUGCCAUAGAGGAUCCGGGCGUUCCAAAUCCGGGUCGCCAUACAACAUUGCUUGGACAAUCGUUACGCAAUGCCGAUAUAACUAAUUCGAACGUAUCGGAGAUAUUGCGUAUUUAUUUGUAUGCCACUGCCACCGGUGAGAUAAGGCAAAUGUUUGGUGUGGUUAUGGAUCGAGAAAGGGAGCGCCGCAUACCCGAUCAUCAUCAGAUUGAUGCGGACUCUGUAACACAUUCCGGAAAGAAUGCCGAAUAUUAUAAACUUUUGCAUGAAAACGACACAUGGAAAUUGUCACAAUCGUUAAAAGAUCGGCCCUUCGUGGCAUUGAACCCUACUAGAAAGGCACAGAUUUUGGCUCACCUUUGCAAUGAUUUGCUAAUGAAUAAAGCGGUUCUAAAGCAAAUUGAUAAUAGCUUAGAAACUUGCGCUCAAAUGCGCAAAGAGAAAUACAUGACUGACAUGAAGGUACGAAAAUACAAAGCACUGCAUAUGCGUAAAUCGCGCAUAGAAGCUUAUGAGAAAUUGCAAGCUGAACGCGAGGCUGCAAUGCAGGCGGCAGCAGCAGCUCAACAAAAAUUAGACGCCGAACGUUUAGAAAAGGAAAACAUUUUAACGGAAACGGCUAAUAAAGGUGUUAUGAUAAGCGCGGAAAUAGUGGAUGGGGGUUUGCCAACUGAUAUUGGUAAUAGCGAACAGAAUAAUAACAGCGGUCUCAAAGAUCAGGAAUCUAUGCAAAUCGAUAGCGACUCUCCGCAGAAAUAUAGUGACAAAGAUAAAGAUCUACCUAAUCUGCCCAUUUUAGAAGAUGGAAAAUUGACGAGCUCUUUACCAACGGAAAGUGCAUGUAAGCAAUUAGUUAAAUUGGACGAAUUAACCACCACAUCAACUUCUGCUACCAGUACUUAUCAUCACAAUGGUGGCCCAGGCGCUGGUGAUUUUAAUGCUUUAUUAAAUACUAAGAAAAGCAGCAGCACAUCACGCCCAACG